AAAUAAUUGAGGCAAUAAUGUCAAUUAUGAUCACUCUUAAAUUAAGAUUAAAAUUGAUAGUAUUCUAGCUUCAAUUAUCUCCUAUUAAUGAGAUAAUAAUUCGAAAACAAAUACUAUUAUACGUUUAUUGUAAUAUAUAUAAAAAGUUAAUAUGUAAAAUAAGAGAUUCUGAAAAUAAGAGAAUUCUAAAGAAUGAUAUAGAAAAAGAGAGUUAAGAGCGAAAAGUAGAUAAUGGAAAUGAAUGAUGUUGAUAGAGAAGAAGAUAGGGAAUGUAGAGAUGAAAAUCUGAAUAAACAGAUGUAUGAUAUUAAAUGAU